UACGAGAGAGUUCGCAGAAGGCGUGGCGAUGGAGCGCAGUACAAGCUUAAAUACACGUGUGUGAUUGCAGGAAGUUUGUACUGCUAGCUUGCAAACUUUGAACCACACAUACGUGCACUUGAGUUUCAUUGCAUCCUAAAGAAAUUGCAUUGGUUGGGUGCAAAAAACAACAACUGGGACUUGGGUAAAAUGCCGUCUUACGUACUCUCACCCUUUCUUGAGCUGGAUGAAGUUCUGUGCAAGAAUUUUCUGAAUCUUGACCUGAAAGAUGCUCCAAUGCCGGUGGGGUUCAAGAACAGCCAGCCUGUCUCCCCUCUUUCCCAAGGGGGUAUUGCAUUCAACACCGGUAGCGCUGGCCUAAUUAGUGAUGUUGGAUUGUGUCUCCAGUCCAGCAAGUGGUCCCGGUCAACAGAACAGCCUCCACCACCGGGCUUCAGCAAGGUUCCAUUCUGGGUGGACCGUCCCAUCAGCAUGAUCGAAAGUGACUCCUUCAGCUUGGGGUGGGCAGCUUCUGACUCUAGCCUAACCAAGCAAGAGGUGGCCCCUGGUCCCACCGACGCAGCUGCCGCCGCCUCCACCACUCCCAGUUCGUCCCGCUACAAGACGGAAAUGUGCCGGACGUUCGAAGAGAGCGGUAACUGCAAGUACGGUGCCAAGUGCCAGUUCGCGCACGGUUACAAUGAGAUCCGAGGCCUCAACCGACACCCUAAAUACAAGACCGAGUUUUGUCGCACGUUUCACACCGUCGGUUUCUGCCCUUACGGCAUCCGGUGUCACUUUGUCCACAACGCAGAAGAGGAGCUGCAGGCCCGUCCUCAACAGCAGCCGGCUCCCAGAAACAGAAAGCCUCCGCUGCUGAGACAAAGCAUGAGUUUUGCUGGUUUCCCCUCUGCCCCACACCUUAAGGAGACCCCUUUCUCCAGAGUGCCUGCCACCCCCCCUCCUCCUUCCACAUGCAUCCCAGAACUCCUCUCCCCUGUCUUCCCGAAGACUGACUCCUUACCCAUCUUUACCGAAGCAGGCCUGGAGCCUGGGCCUCAAUUUCUGCUUUCUUCUGACUCCAGCCGCUCUUUUGCCAAAGGUGCCACUACCUUCCCCUCUUUCUCCAGCGGAAGCCGGUCACCCGUCCAGCGUCCUCCACCCAGCCUUGCUCUCCGAUCAAGGAGCCUGUCUUCCAACUCUCUCUCCGAUCACGAAGGAGGUUACAGUAGCUCCGCCAGCAGUCUCAGCGGCUCCGAAUCUCCUGUAUUUGAGGCUUCCGGACGACGACUGCCCAUUUUCAGCCAGCUUUCAGUGCCAGACGACGAUUGUGCCUCAUUUUUCUGUUAGGCACCGCCAUUCCUUUGCAUAGGUGAACUCCAGAGACUAGAAGAAAAAAAAAAAAAAAUAGUUUUCAACUGGUAAAGUAUUUUGUUAAAACCGGGACUGUAUACUGUUGUAUACCUAAUUUUUGGGGUACUUUCAACCCCUACUGUAUAGUAUAUGAAAAGCAAUAAAAUAGCCCUGCUUUUUGUGUUUUUUUUUUUUUUUUUUUUUUUUUUGGAGUUGUGGGGCAUUUUUGUGUUACAUUUUUGUGGGGUGAAGGAAGGUUCUUUUUGUGACUGUGGGGUUUUUGUUUUUGUUUUCUGCACCCCAAACACUUCAAAAUGUAUAGCCCUGAGGCGUGUUGCAGAUUGCCCGAAAUUGUAAUUUUGUUAGUAAUAUUCACUCCCAGCAACCUGGUGCAUCAGUGAAAAUUCAAGCCAGCUGAGUUUAAACAUUGGGAGAGCAGCUGUUUAAUGCACCAAAGUUUUUAAUUUCAGAUAUGUGACCCUGUUUUAUUGCUAUUGGAAUCUCCUUUUUCUUUUUUUUAAGACCUCUGACUCACAAAAUUGCUCUUUAUUCUUCACAGCUCUUGGUGUUUUUUGUUUUGCAGUUUUAACCUAAAUGGUGCAGGGGUCGUGUUUAAUUUGGGUUGCUAAUUGCAGAUAGUUUAAAAGAGAAAUUGGCUGGUAAAUCAGUCCAAAAAAAAACAACAGAUAUAUAUAAUGAAGAUGGUAUGUUUUAAGACACAUUGGUAUCCAUGUUAUAUUUUAGUGGUAAUAUUACGUUUUAAAUAUUGUAUGUGAUUUGCAGUUGUACUAGAAAGUAACAGUGCCAUGUUUCUUUAAGUAGGGCUAUAUCUUCUGGUUAAGUGUUCAGAGUUAUGGAUGACCCAUAUUAAAGGAGUGCCUAAUUGCAUUUGUUAUUGUAGCUUACCAAGCUUGUAUGAUGAGUUUAUCAAUUAGAACCUUGACCAAUGAUCUGCUUCUGUUCUUGAAAGUCUGAUGUUAAAAUCAAAUGAGAAAUGUUUUAUGAUUGAAAUUUAGUUGUAAUUUAGUAGCAGAUGCUAAAUUAUUGUAGAGGAGGUUAAAUUGCCCCCCCCCCCCCCUUUACAAAGUGUUGUCUAUAGAGUUUGGUUAUAAUUCUUUUUCUCAAUGUACAUGUGUGUUAAUAUUUAGUUAUGCAAUACAAUUGCUGGUUCCCAAAAUGUGGGCUACUUGGUUAUCAAAAAUAUGUAUACUGUGUUCAUUGUGUGGUGGUGGUGGGGGGGGGGGCUUCAUAACUUAAUUUAUUUUAAUUUGUGUAUUUAUAGAGAACUUUCAGUUUUUAUGUUUGAUUUUUGUAUUAAGUUAAUAUAUUAUUUGAUGGGUUUUUCGAUAGUUUUGUACUACAAAUAAACUUUGUUUUUGUGAAGUCGAA